AUGUCCUUGUCAACCCUCCCGACUGAACUCGUCGCCCUAAUUGCCACUUAUCUCUAUGUUGGGGAGUCUAUCACUUUCCAUCUUCCCGCGGGCCAACACAAGUCGAACAUCGUCGCAUUCUCGCAGGUAUCUGCUUUAUUGAGGGCGGUGGCGUUUUCUCUGCGGCACCCAUGGACGAACUACACCCUCAUCCUCUCCGCAAAUAAGUCGACAAGGGCACAGUAUGCCUGGGCCGAACGCCGUUUUGCAAUAUGGAAAGCGCUAGCGCGUGGGCAACCUAUUCGUUUGCAAAUCAUCCAGGAAGAGACACACUACGGUGUGGGGCAUCUUGUCAGAUUCCUCGGCAAACACUCCCACUCUCUUUCCUCGCUCGUGCUCGACAUCCCUGACGAGACGUUUGUCUCGAUAGCUAAACACACAUCCUUCCCAUUCCCAUCCCUCACUACCUUACUCAUGACCCUCCACCUCAAGAAGAAUGGCGAACAAACGCUUCUCCCGCAGGAUCGUCGCUCGCGCUUCUUCGCUAAGAUGCCUCAAUUACAGAUUCUGCAGCUGGGUUAUAGCCACGACGACUGGCACCCACUAGCGACAUUAUCUCCGCAAUUCUACGAAUGGGACCUGCCUCUCUCGCACUUAACCGUCUUUUGCAUGCCCCUCAUCUGGCUAGAGCUCCCCGAAUUCCUCCUGGUCCUCCGAUCUGCCCCGAAUCUGCACACUUGCACCGCCCUCGUCGACGCUCCGCCAGUGUACGGCCACGUAGACGACGCCCCGUUCAUACUAGACAAUCUCAAAGCGUUGGCGCUGACGUUUCGCAUGACACAUCCGACUGUGUGGACUUAUUUCUCUGCGCCUGCGUUGCAGGUGUUGGAUAUCACGCUCAUUACUGGCCUGAAUGAUGACGAUCACGAGGAGACCCAUGCAAUCGCGCCAGCGGAUGUGGAUAAGUUUUAUUCGGAGCAGCCGCAUGCUACGGGGACAAUCGUCACAGUGUACAGGGUGGUGGAGUACGCGUAUGAUGAGGAGACGAAUGCAUAG